GCCAGUACGAUGUGUUAAAAAAUAAUAGUACAAAAUAUAAUCAUAUUAUUGAAACUGAUAGCAGUGUAGGAAAUUUUAGUUAUCAUCUUCAUAUUACACAUGGGGUUACAAAAUUUGGAAAACUAAUAUUAGAUAACUCUCAAGCAUCAAUUGAUGACAUGCUUCGUCAACGAUUCAAGAAUAAUGUUGAAUAUAAAGAGCAAGUCAAUAGCAUGGUGGCUGAAUUUCUUAUAUCUGAUUCACAACCAUUUUUUGGUAUUAAAGCUCGAAUUUGUAUGUCUUAUAAUUGGAUGUUGGCCACUCUUCAAGAUAUAUUGAAGAAUUCAAUGAAUUUUU